AUGGCUCCCCAAACAAGGUCCUCAAGGCGGUCGCCCAACCUCGGCUCCAAGCGCAGAAGACCACGGUCACCCCCGAAUGCAAAAGAGCCCACAGUAAGACCUGACGAGAAACGCCCACGUAUCGAAGGUAGCUUUCAGGCUUCAGACGAAGUCAGCCCUCCUACAGACCGGAGGGCCUCUAAACGUAAACGAAGUACAUCUUCCCCUGUUGAACGAGGUGAUACAGAUACAAAAAAACCUCCCAAUAAACACCUGCACAUUGAAGACCAUGCCGAAGCUCCAGACGCGACUACGUUGCCCGAUCCACCCCCAGCCAGGACGACAAGUAAACUCCGAGAUCAAACCCUCAACGAGCCGCAGAAGCCCAAGAGGAGACUGCGACGUCAGCAUUCCCCAAAACCUCCUGAUUAUGAUGCUGAUGAUGCAACGACCUCUAGUCAUAAUGGUGUUGCCACAUCCCCCUAUCAGUUUCGAUUUCGUUUUAGUGAUACACAGAAAGAGAAACCAUCUACAUCUACGGACAAUGCUUCCGCGUUUGACAGUCCUCCCCUCGGUUGUGACUCGGCCACCAUCCCCCCAGCCAGCGGAAUGGAUGUUCCAUCUUCUCUAGCCAAUAUUCCAGGCAUAGAUGUCAGUGGGAAUAUCGGCGAAUCCGCGUUGUUAGUUUCUGUGGGCGUCGAGUUCUGUGAGGAUCUCAGCAAGCUUGCCAUGGAUCGCAGAGGACCGGUACCUGGCAGCGUCGAGGUUUACAAGGAUCUCAGCGAGCGUGGUCGGUCGGCUUCGUUGGAUUACAAAGUCGAGAUACCUGCCAACGACGAGGAUGUCACUGUAGCUGCUUCUAGUAGGCCUGAAGCACUGGCCCACGACGACGAGGAACCCAGCGAGGGUCUCGAUGAACCAAGCUUGAACAUGUCUGGUGUUACCACAGUUGGCAGAGCGCUCGCAGCAUCACAAGUUGGCGAUAUCAUCAGCAAUCUGGCAACCCGUCACCGGGCGUCGAACGCAAGAGUCCACAAUGGUGACUUGCUCCAGGAGGUUUCGUUCAACAACAUGGAGUGUGCCUCAGUCCCUGUUGAGAAUGUCCCUAAAAAUCCAGCCACCCGCGAUAAUUCGCUUGUGACCCCCGGGAUCUCCAUGCUCCAGGAAACUCCCAUCCCUGUUGACAACAUUGCGAGUGAUUUAGGUACCCCCAAGGGUUCCACUAUAAAUUCUGGAGUUCUGGAUGCCCGCGCUGCCAGAGAUCUGGUUAUUGGCCAUGCUUCACCAGCAAUGGCUGGAAUCCCCGUUUCCAAGGAUACUUCAGUCGACAAGUGCGUCACUACCGUGCGCGAGGCUUCAACUACCAACCCUGAGAUGCCCGACAUCAACAUGCGCCAGGACACAGCACCCACUGAUAUUGUCCCCAGCGAUCUAGCUACCACUCGCGAGGCUUUGAUUGUCAACGAGGAAGUAAAUGCACCCCAGGACACUUCACUCCGUACACCAGCACUCACUAACAUCGACACCAGCGAAUUAGCGACCACUUGUAAGGCUUCAAUUGUCAACAAGGAAGCCAGCACACCCCAGGACACCUCACUCCGUGACCUGGAUCGUACACCAGCAUCCACUGCCAUCGUCCCUAGUGAUCUAGCUAUUGUUCACGAGGAUUCAAACGUCAACCCUGCGAUCUCCAAUGUCAACAUUCCGCAGGAUACUUCCGUCGAUGACCUCGAUGACGACGAGCGGGGAUGCGCAUCAGCACACGUUGCUACUGCUGCUUGCGAAGGUGCCAUCGUCAAUGAGGAGAUCGCUGAAGUCGACGCGCCAACAAUUGUGACUGCCACUCCUGAGGUUUCGAUUGUCGACCUAGUGAUCCCAGACAUGUCCCAGGACACAGCACCCGUUGACACCGAGAUUUUGAUUGUGGAACCUGUGUUCCCCGACGUCAACAUUCCGCAGAAUACUUCUGUUGAUGACCUCGAUGAUGACUGGGGAUGUGCAUCAGCACACGUUGCUACUGCUGCUCGCGAAGGUGCCAUCGUCAAUGAGGAGAUUGUUGAAGUCGACGCGCCAGUAAUUGCGACUGCCACUCCUGAGGUUUCGAUUGUCAACCUUGUGAUCCCAGACAUGCCCCAGGACACAGCACCCGCUGACACCGUCAUAGCUACCAUUCCGCAGGAUAUUUCCAUCGAUGACCUCGAUGACAACUGGGGAUGCGCUGCUCGCGAAGGUGCCAUCGUCAAUGAGGGGAUUGCUGAAGUCGACGCGCCCCUGGAUACUGAUUUCGAUGACCUCGAUGACUGGGGAUGUACACCAGCACCUAUUGCGACUAUCACUCCUGAGGUUUCGAUUGUCAAUCUUUCCAUCCCCGGAGUCGACAUGUCCCAGAAUACUGCACCCACUGAUACCGUCGCCGCUCACACUGGCAAGAUCUCAAUUAUGGAACCUGUGUUCCCUGAUGUUGACAUGCUCCAGGAUACUUCAUUCCAUGACUGGGGUUGUUUGCCAACACCCACUGACAACGCUGCCAGUGAUCUUGCUUCCGCUAGCAAGAAGGCUUCGAUUAUUGACGAGAGGAUCACCGACGUCAACAUGCCUCCGGACACUUCACUCGAUGACUGGGGACUUACGCCAGCACCCACUGACGAUACCGUCAGCGAUGAAGCCCCUGUCAACGUUGGGAUCCCCGAUGUCGUUAUGCUCCAGGACAUUCUACCUGAUGACCGGGGACUCACACCAGCACCCGUGGGCAAUGAUGUCAAUACUGGAUUUCCCGCUGUGGACAUGCCUCCGGUCAUUGACAUGCGCCAGGAGACCUCGCUUGAUGACUGGGGGUGUGCAACAGCACCCAUAGGCAACGCCGCCAAUGCUGGAAUUCCCGCUGUGAACUUGCCCCGUGACGUCAACAUGCGCCAGGAGACCUCGCUCGAUGACCGGGGACCCACACCAGCAACCAUGGGCAACGCCGUCCCCACUGUGGACCCGGUUCCGGACAUCGACAUGCGCCAGGAGACCUCGCUUGAUGACUGGGGGUGUGCAACAGCACCCAUAGGCAACGCCGCCAACGCUGGAAUUCCCGCUGUGAACUUGCCCCGUGACGUCAACAUGCGCCAGGAGACCUUGCUCGACGAUUGGGGGUGCGCACCAGCACCCAUGGGAAAUGCUGUUAACGUUGUGGACGUGCCUCCAGACAUCGACAUGCGCCAGGAGACCUCGCUCGAUGAUUGGGGGUGCGCACAAGCACCCGUGGGAGCUGUCAACGCUGUGGACAUGCCUCCAGACAUCGACAUGUGCCAGGAGACCUCACUUGAUGACUGGGGAUGUGCACCAGCACCCGUUGGCAACACUGCCAGAAAUUUGCCCACCACUAGCAAGUGCUCCGCUGUAGAUUCCGACAUUGAUAUGCCUGAGUGUGAACCCCCCAAUGACCUUCGGAGUACCGAUGAGUGGGGAUGUGCAAAGGAACAACAACCUGUUAAGGGUCUUCCACCGGAUGUUUCUACUCGACCCCACAGAUCAAGAGCUGCUCCUCAAGAUUGUCCGCUUGGGGAUAAAGGAACCAGAAAGCCACCGCCCAAUCCCUGGGCAAGCAAUGAAACAUCCUUCUUUGCCUCGGAAGAUACUCUAUCGGAUGUUAACGACGUCGCCUCUGAUGCUGAUGACGAGAACGAUGAAGCUGAAGACGAUAGGGACGAUGUCGAACCCGAAGAGGAAACCAAACCCGAAAACACAAACUCGCGACAUGCCCAAUAUGAUCCAUGUUUUGGUCCUAAGUGCGGACGCAAAGCCGAAGCUGGCUACGACCACAGUCGUGUCUACUGUUGCUGUCCCAGAGAACAUCGCCGCGAUUGCCCAUGCUUUGACCUGUUCGAAGCAAACCCGCCACCUGAUUACAGCCAUAAACACCAAAGUCGGGAACACACCACCUUGAUGGCAGACGUCAGAGAUUUUUGUGAUCAACAACUGUUGGGGCUUAAAGGAUGCGGUGAACAUCAACGUGGUUUAAUACGCGUACCCACGCCUAAAGCACUCGCCGGAUUUGCUCAAAACCCACAAGGUGCCUCGCAACCAACCCUCGACCCCUUCUUACUUGAUCUCGCUAGCGAGGGUUUGUCCACUCCUUGGAACAGGCGGGCGAGGGAACUCUUCGCUCAACGAUUCGUUGAGUUAGACGAAUUUCAGUGCAAGGAUCUGAACCUCGUGGAGUCCUGCUUCAAGACUCACCUUAUUCACCUCAAGCAUCUCUACACAAAACAGGAACGUUUAUCCUCUAUCGACUCCGAGGAGGAAUUAGUCUCGCGUGAUGCCAUGGUUGCCAAAGCCGUCGAACGUAGGCGUCGAAGUUUGCGUCAUCGACGUGCCAACGUAUGUCGACUCCUUGCUGCGGGAGACUCGUCGAUGCAAAGAUUUGAACCUGUGUGGAAGAUCAUGCCCUGGUACGGUGUUAGCGGCGAUGAAACGGACCAUGCUUCGAAUAGGCAUGAAGAACAAUUCGCAAUUACGCAUCUCCCAUGGCGGUCUCAGGACAGCGAAGUAACUCAAUGGUUUAGGACAUUUGACUACCUUCAUAUGUCUCUUCGUUUCACCGAUGAUGAUCGUCCAGGACCUGGGAGGUUUCCUCGCGUACGAGUGCCCUCGCGUCGUCAGGAGCAGCGCAAUAAAACACCUCCUAAAGGACUUCCGAUCAACUUCUAUGACCCUGGCUACUUAGCUAGCCUAGACGACUUCGAACGCAAGAAACUUCGUAUGGCUCCACGAAUGGAUUUGUCCUUCUCUAAGAGAGUCAAGUUUGUCGCGAAAAGGUUCAAGAAAGUGCAGACGCGGGAUAUGCGACCUCUACAUCCUGAUGACCCGUCAUUGCAGGUUUAA